UCGAGCCUUGUAUUCUUGCUUGUAUUUGUAUUGCGAAGUAUUCGAGUUGUUUUCAAUUUGCAUUUUCGUUUUUUGUCACGGAAUUUAGGAAGAGUAUAGAAGCCCUUGAUGCAAUGGACUCUAUUCAUCGUCUGGAGGGGACAUCUGGAACAGAGAAAGGUGGCCUGAUCAUCAGAAAGAAGCCUGCCGAUGGCGACUCCAAGCCAGCCAAGCCUCGCAGCGGCGGCCUUGGGCUGGAGAAGCUCGCCGCCCUGAAACGGAAGAUCGAGGAAGACCAGGAGCAGGAGCGGAAACUGCGCGCUGCCGAGAGCUCUGGCGGCGGCUCCGAGGAGACCCGCCGGGAGCACCGAGACCGCGAGGACGCGCGCGGCCGCCACUUCCGCGCACCGGCCAAUGAGACUCCGAGCCACUCUGGUGGCGUGAGCGGGGCGUACCGUGAGCGUCAGGAGGCGCGGCGCGACCGCGACCGGGGUGGUCUGCACGCUGAUAGCCGCGGCGACCGGCGCCGAGACAGGGACAGGGACAGGGAGAGAGACAGGAACAGGAACAGAGACAGAGAUCGAGACAGGGAUAGAGACAGGGACCGUGACAGGGACCGCCACCGCGACCGGGACCGCGACCGUGGUGACCGGUCCGACCGUCGCCGAGACGACCGCUCGGAGCGCUCUGACCGCUCAGACCGAUCGGUGCGCUCUCACUUUAGCUCGUGGCGCGAGACGCCGGCGCGGUUCCGCGACGCACCGGCCACACCAGCCAUGAAGGUCAAGGACACGCCGUCUCGCUCCGCCUGGGACGAGGAGGACCACACGCCGGCUCGCCGCUCCGUCUGGGACCUGCCGACGCCGUCCUCGCGCGGCGGCGGUGAAGAUUGGUCGGAGCGGCGGCCGCGCCGGCCGGCCGAUACGCCGCUGCCCACACCGGUGCACAAGAAGAACGCCUGGAUGCGGAAGGGCGGCGACGCGACGGAGCCGCACUCUGCCGGCGGCGGCGAGCUGAGCGCGGAGGACCGCGCCGCCUGGGAGCAGGAACAGAAGCGGCUCGACCGCGAGUGGUACGGCAUGGACGAGGGCUACGACGAGACGCACAACCCGUUCGCCGACGUCAGCCAGGAGUACACGCAGAAGAAGGAAAAGCAGCUGGAGGAGCGCAAGAAGAAGCGCAUGUCCGCGCAGCAGCGUCAGAUCAACAAGGACAACGAGAUGUGGGAGACGAACCGCAUGCUGCGCUCGGGUGUGGUGCAGAAGCUCGAUUUUGACGAGGACUUUGAGGAGGAGGCGGAGGGCCGCGUACACCUGAUGGUGCACAACAUCCUGCCGCCGUUCCUGGACGGCCGGAUCGUGUUCACCAAACAGCCGGAGCCGGUGGUGCCGGUGCGCGACCCCACCUCCGACAUGGCCACCGUGGCGCGCAAGGGCUCGGCACUGGUGCGUGCGCAUCGCGAGCAGAAGGAGCGCAAAAAGGCACAGGCCAAACACUGGGAGCUGGCGGGAACCAAGCUCGGUGACAUCAUGGGCAUCCAGAAGAAGGCCGAGACAGACGAGCGCCAGGGCGCUGACGACACCACCGACUACCGCACCGACCAGAAGUUCGCCGACCACAUGCGCGGCCCCACCGAGGCCAGCUCGGACUUUGCGCAGACGCGGACGAUCCGUCAGCAGCGCCAGUACCUGCCGGCGUUCGCCGUGCGCCAGGAGCUGCUGAACGUGAUCCGCGACAAUUCUGUGAUCGUGGUGGUGGGCGAGACGGGCAGCGGCAAGACCACCCAGCUCACCCAGUACCUGGUGGAGGACGGCUACGCCAAGCUGGGCAUGAUCGGCUGCACCCAGCCGCGCCGCGUCGCCGCCAUGUCCGUGGCAAAACGAGUCGCCGACGAAAUGGGGGUGGAGCUGGGCCAGGAGGUCGGCUACGCCAUCCGCUUCGAGGACUGCACUAGCGACAAGACGAUCGUCAAGUACAUGACGGACGGCAUCCUCCUUCGCGAGUCUCUGCGCGAGUCCGACCUGGACCACUACAGCGCCGUCAUCAUGGACGAGGCGCACGAGCGCUCGCUGAACACGGACGUGCUGUUUGGCCUGCUGCGCGAGGUGGUGGCGCGCCGACACGACCUCAAGCUGAUCGUCACCUCGGCCACCAUGAACGCCGACAAGUUCUCAGAGUUUUUCGGCAACGUGCCCGUGUUCAUCAUCCCGGGUCGGACGUUCCCAGUGGACGUGCUGUACAGCCGUAACCCCGUGGAGGACUAUGUGGACGCCGCCGUGAAACAGGUGCUCCAGGUGCACCUGCAGCACGACCAGGGUGACCUGCUGGUCUUCAUGCCCGGCCAGGAGGACAUCGAGGUGACCUGCGACCAGAUCACCGAGCGACUGAACGAGGUGGACGACUCGCCGCCGCUGGCCGUGCUGCCCAUCUACUCGCAGCUGCCCAGCGACCUGCAGGCCAAGAUCUUCCAGAAGGCGCCCGACGGCAUCCGAAAGUGUGUCGUGGCGACCAACAUCGCCGAGACGUCGCUGACCGUCGACGGCAUCAUGUUCGUCGUGGACGCCGGCUACUGCAAGCUGAAGGUGUACAACCCGCGGGUCGGCAUGGACGCCCUCCAGAUCUACCCCAUCUCACAGGCCAACUCUAACCAGCGCUCAGGUCGCGCGGGCCGCACGGGUCCGGGCACGGCGUACCGUCUCUACACUCGGCGUCAGUACAAGGAGGAGCUGCUGGAGACGACCGUUCCCGAGAUCCAGCGCACCAACCUGGCCAACGUGGUGCUGCUGCUCAAGUCGCUGGGCGUCGAGGACCUGCUGCAGUUCCACUUCAUGGACCCGCCGCCGCAGGACAACAUGCUGAACUCGAUGUACCAGCUGUGGGUGCUGGGCGCGCUGGACAACACGGGCAACCUCACCGAGCUGGGCACGCGCAUGGUGGAGUUCCCGCUCGACCCGGCGCUCUCCAAGAUGCUGAUCGUCAGCUGCGACAUGCGCUGCAGCGAGGAGGUGCUCAUCAUCGUCUCUAUGCUCUCGGUGCCGGCCAUCUUUUUCCGACCCAAGGGCCGCGAGGAGGACUCGGACGCGGCGCGGGAGAAGUUCCAGGUGCCCGAGUCGGACCACCUGACCUUCCUCAACGUCUACCUCCAGUGGAAAGCCAACGGCUACGCCAUGCAGUGGGCCACCGACCACUUCAUCCACGGCAAGGCGAUGCGGAAGGUGCGCGAGGUGCGCCAGCAGCUCAAGGAUAUCAUGGACCAGCAGAAGAUGCCGGUGGUCAGCACUGGCAACGAGUGGGACAUUAUCAGGAAGUGCAUCUGCUCCGCAUACUUCCACCAGGCGGCGCGUCUAAAGGGCAUCGGCGAGUACGUGAACAUGCGGACGGGCAUGCCGUGCCACCUGCACCCGACGUCGGCGCUGUUCGGCAUGGGCUUCACGCCCGACUACGUGGUCUACCACGAGCUCAUCAUGACCAGCAAGGAGUACAUGCAGUGUGUGACGGCCGUGGACGGCCGCUGGCUGGCAGAGCUCGGACCCAUGUUCUUCUCGGUGAAGCAGAUGGGUCACGCGCGCGAGCAGAAACGCCAGACGCACCUGGAGCACGUGGGACAGAUGGAGGCCGAGAUGGCGGCCGCGCAGGCCGAGAUGACCCAGCGGCGCACCGAGCGCGAGCGACGCGAGGAGGCCGGCCGGCGCACCCGCGAGGCGAUCGUCACACCGGGCCGCCGAGAGCCCGGCACGCCGCGACAGACGCCGCGACGGUUCGGCCUGUAGGGACGGCGGCCGGGGCGGCGCUGUGGCUGGGUUUUUAGUGGUGUUUAUCUGUGUGAAAGAAGCAGAAGUCUCACGAAGGAUGAUGUGAUAUCUGAACUGGCUGCUGUUGAUAAUUGUCCCACGGAGAUUUUGUAGUUGUAUGGUAACCAGGUUGAUGCCGAUUGUGAUGCGAUGUUGUUGAUGCAUCUCUGCAGGCGCACCGGCUGGUUUGAGCUGGCCGACCAGCUUCCACAAAGCAUCCCAUGUGAGGCCGCAUCUUGUUGGUAACAACGGCAGUUUAAUGGGACCUUCAUGCGAGAGAUGCGACUACUCAGCUGUUUCAUCAAGUGAAGACAUGUGACCACUGCAUCAGUCAUGCAAAUUAGCAGAAGUUUCGGACGGAAUCGCGAUAUUUUGUGCGCCAAACUUCGCUGUGCAUCUUCAUCGUGUCUAUAGUUCAUAUCGUUGCUCAUAAUGUUUUUCUGAAGAUUGGUAUUUCUUCAGUGAAAUGUUUGUGAAAUGGUGUUGUCAUGAAGAUGGCUCGCAUAUACAAAUCGACCGCCGAGUUUCAA